ACUUUUAUGGUGGUCAGUAAAUGCAGCGUGGCACAAACGUUGUAGGUUUACGUUUAUUCUUUGUUUUUUAAGUUUAUCCAAGCCUGUGUGAUAUGAUAUUCUUUUUACAAAGCUUGAUGUUCGAUAUAAUCAUGGUAUAAAUUGUCUUAUAGCAACAAAAAAUUCGCUAACCUGUGUCUAGUUAGCAUUAGCAUUAGCCUUGUGCUACAAAGCCAUUGUGGAUAAGUCAGUAUUUUUAUCACACGAACAUGGAUAAAUUUGUUAUUCGUACCCCACGAGUAGAAACACCUAAAAAGACAAAAAUAAAAAAGAAAGUGUACAAGCAAGCUACUAUUGAAUCUUUAAAGAGAGUUGUUGUGAUUGAAGACAUCCUUCGCUGUAAGUCUGUGUUGGAGCUGCCAGAUCAGAGCAAAGAAAACCUGCUGUCUGCUCUGACUGAACUCAGCCAGAAGAUCCCAUCCAGAGAGGUGCUCAAGUCCACUAAAAUAGGUCAUACUGUUAACAAGUUGAGAAAGCAUCCAGACCCAGAAGUGAGUUCAAAGGCAGCUAAAGUUUACACAGAGUGGAGGACAUUCAUCGAGGAGAAUCUGAAUAAGCCGUCUAUUGAAGUUCGUUCAGACAAACAGUCGGAAACACUGCGCAGUAAUGCCAGAAGACUGUUGGCUGAAGCUCUGGACGUCAAGGAGGAUUGUGGCCUUAUCGACAACAUAGAGAGAGAAGUUUUCCACCGUAGCUCACGGCUGGUGAGCAGCUCAUACAGACGAACAGUGAGAGCGCUGGUUUUUGCCUUUAAACACAGCCCUGAAAUCAGGACUCAGACUAAAGACAAUACACUGUCAGUCAACACGCUGGUGUCAAAGUAUAAGAAAUGAUGCAAAAGAAAUGGACAAAUUGUUAACUUGAAUUGUUUUAAUAUUUACAUUUUUACAUUGUUUUAUUUAGUACAUUUUUUGAAAUGUGAUGAAUGUUUACAAUCUGUGGCACAUAAGUAGCCAAAAAAGCUUUUUAAAACUCAAAUCAAAUAAUGUUUUCUAUUACUGCUACUCAAGGUGUGUAUGAUAAACCUUUCAGAGAUCAUGUGUUAAGGAAAAUACAAAUUUGAUAUCUGAAGAUAAAAGAUAUGUGAUAAGAAACCACAAAAUGUCAUUGUAUCUUUUUAGUACAUGUACUUGAAGGAGCUAAACUAUUAUUACAGGACCGUAAUUCAGUUUUAAAAGAUUUUUAUGAAGAUUAAAAAGUCAGUUGGUGGCACAUGCAUACAAGUAUCUCAUGGGAAUUCAAAGUUAUUUCCACUAGUGUGUUUUCUUGAAGAAUGUCAUAUAGUUGUUGUUUUUUUUGUAUUGCUAAUCAAAUGAAAUGAAAUGUAAUGUUUAAAGUGCAAGUAUGAACUAUAAAAAAAAUGUAAAUAAUUUG